AGGUUCCAUAGCACCUGAACCACCAGCAGCACCACCACCCCAGGGUGUUUGUCCUGAGAGCUGGGAGCAGACAGGGAGAGACGGUAGUGAAGCCAAGGCUGACGGAGAAGAAGCAACCACCGAAGCCAACAGGGACAAAAGGAUAGCAGGGGAGGACGGAGAACACGGGCACACCGAGCAGGAGGAGAAACCACACAGCCAGCAGGAGUUAUUAGCAGGAGGAGUGUUGACAUUUAACCGAAGAUGAGUACGUACACAGUGACUCUGAAUGGCCCCGCUCCAUGGGGCUUCAGACUACAGGGAGGAAAGGACUUCAACAUGCCGCUCACCAUCUCCAGGAUAACUCCGGGCAGCAAGGCAGUGGGCGGCAGCCUGGCCCAGGGUGACAUCAUCUCAGCCAUAGAUGGGGUCAGCACUGAGGGGAUGACGCACAUGGAGGCCCAAAACAAGAUCAAGUCUGCCACUACCAAACUGUCACUCACUAUGCAGAAAUCAAGACGUGCUGCAGCAUUUUCCACUCCAAGAAUGGACUCACCCAUGCCAGUCAUCCCUCACCAGAAGGAGUUAGAAAAAGUUAAAGAGGAGGUCGGACCUAAACAUUGUGGAGAGGAAGUUCAAAUGGAGCAGCCACUGUCCUAUGAAUUUUUACAGGAUAAAAAGCCAUCCAAAGGGAAUCUCUUCCAAGUUCCUAAAAAGGAUCCAGAGCUCCUCUCUCCCCUGGCCAAAGCUCCUGCCUCCUCCACACCAUUUUCCGUAUCUACACCAGGCCAACGGGGGCAGUACAAUUCCCCAGUUGGCCUUUACUCUCCCGAAACUGUCAGAGAAAUGAUGCUGAUGCAGGGCAAGUUAGGACAGGGGUCGGCAGCUUCCCGGGGAGUUUCAUCACUGGGUGGAGCUCUGCCUGUCAAGGACUCCGUGGUAGACUGUGCGUCUCCGGUUUACCAGGCAGUGAUCAGGCCUGGAGAAACGAAUCAGGAUAUGUCUGAAUGGGCUCGUCGUGCUGCAAACCUGCAGUCCAAGAGCUUCAGGAUGCUGGCCCACAUCACUGGCACUGAAUACCUGCAAGACCCAGAUGAGGAAGCCCUGUUGAAGUCGAGAGAGAAGUUUGAGUCGGAGGUGAAAGGGCCCCGCUUUGCCAAGCUGAAGAACUGGCACCACGGACUGUCUGCACAGAUCCUCAACGUCCAGGAAUAAAGAGGGGAAAGGGAGAUGAGGAGGACAUGUAAAGGAAGAUAUGGACAAAAGCGCAGGAGUUAACAGGAAGAAAGGAUAAAUUAUAUAGGGAUAAAAAAGGAACAGGAGGAGGAGGAAACUCCUCAGGAAUGUGAGAUAGUGUUGUAGCCUAGAUUAGUAUGUGAGAUACUAACUGUUAGUGUGAGAAUGCUAUGUGUUCAUAAGCUCAUUAUUACCUGUCAAAUGUAUCUGUCCGCUGCUAAGACCUGAUCUCACAUUUGCGUUUUUCUUUCUUUGUUUCCUUUUUGUUUGGGUUCUGUCUCUCUUAAAUGAAAGAGAAAUUGUACAAAAAAAAUAAGUAUUCAAAUGAAAAUGCAGCGCUGAUGAUGUUUCUUUUAUCACAUUUAGCACAUUCACAAACAUAGGAAUUUUAAGACUAAGAAUGCUUGUUAGAAGGUACACAAGGACAAAUGCACACAGAUAUUUACCUACAUGCACAAAAACAGUAUGUAAAAAAAAUGCACUCAAAAAUGUACUUAUAUCAAUGUGAAUAAAUGUUUUCUUAAAACCAUACGGCUGAGUGAACUGUUAUAAACUCAAACAAAUUGAAUAAACGUUUCACUCUCUAUUUUGGGACUCAAAAACUGAA